UUAUUGAUAAUUAUUAGGAAAUGUCUUCUGUAAAACUAUUUAUAUAUGAUUUAUCCAAAGGAUUAGCGAGACAAAUGUCACAAGGGUUAUUAGGUCGUCAGAUCAAUGGAAUAUGGCAUACAAGUGUUGUUGUGUAUGGAGAGGAGUUCUACUAUGGGGGGAUGGGGAUAGAAAGUUGCAGACCGUGUGGUACAAUCCUCGGACCACCUGACGAAAGACUUGAGUUAGGCGAGACAGAGAUUCCAUCGGAGAUGUUUUAUGAAUAUCUCGCUCAACUGGGAGAAAGUAAAUUCCUCCCACAGAAAUAUUCAUUGUUUGAUCACAACUGUAAUAACUUCAGUGCUGAAGCUGCACAGUUCUUAACAGGCAAAGGAAUACCAGAGUAUAUUACCAAUCUUCCAUCUGAUGUGCUUUCAACCCCCUUUGGCCAGAUGAUCAAAGGACUUAUUGAAAAUGUUCAAGUCUCACCUGGUCAAGGUCAAACAGCAAGGCAUUUCUAACACAGAGAGAACUCUAUACCCAUAGGCACCAAACCUGGGGUGGCAGGGUGGGCAGGACAACCCUAAAACAUUACAACCAAUACGUUGGAUUUGUUUCACAGGAUUGGGGUGUCUUACUAUCCCUGCAUCCCCUGGAACUAUAAAAGUUUGGCGCCUAUGAUUGUACUAACACUAAACACUAUGUGUUUUAAAUAGUUCAAUUUUAAAGUACUGUUUUAGUAAAAAGAAUAUAAAAUAUAGAAAAUUCAAAUAUUAAAUUAAUUUGACUUUUACCAACUAAUUAAACUUCCUAAAUAACUGAACUAAAAAUUGCAAUUCUCAAAUUAUCAGCUAAACAUAACUGUGAUUGGCUAAGUGCUUCUCCUCACUAAAUGUCUGUCCUAACUUUUAUAGGAUCUUUUUACUGUCUUGCUUAGAACAGUGAUUACUAAAUACAAAUUAACAUGCUGUACCUACCAAUGUAUUUAUAUGGUAUAGUGUAUGUAUUACUUAAUGGUCUACUUUACAAUAUAUAACAUUGGGUAGGUAUCUGAUCCUAAAGGUUCUGUUUUACUCAUUUGAACAACUAUUUUGAAAUUAUUUAAUUGCUUAAAUGGUGUUUCUCAACCUUUUUUCUAAAAUAAUAUUUCUGCAGUGUUUCACAACAGGUGCCGGUUUUCUUUUACAUGAAUGGAAAUUUUGUAGUGCAACACUGCUAUGUAUAUUGUGAUAAACCUAUUGUUUUUCCCAUAUUUAUUAUUUGUGCACUUUACUCUUUGUGAUGUAAUAAACAAACAGAAUGAGUAA